CGCCCCUGCAUAAAAAAAGACGCGAGCCGGCAUCGCACUUCGCUCCAUCCACCACCAAACCCUCAUUUCACCCAGCACCUACCACGGUCAAGCAGCCACGCCAGCCAGAGCGCGCUGCACCCCCACCUCGCCGCCGAGCAAGCACCCAGCGCACGAGCCGGCCCGGCCAUGGAGGUGGAGGCGUUCCCGAUCGGGUUCACGAGGGGCGUGCGCGCGCACUGGCGCCGGCGCAAGUACCAGCGCCUGGAGGCCGGCGAGGGCGGCGGCAGCAGGCCCCAGGGCACGCAGCGCCUCGGCGGGGCGCGGCGAGUCGGGUGGCGCGUGCGGCUGCGCGGGCUUCUCGUCCGGCGAGCGCGGGCCGUCCGCGCGAUCGUGAUGGCGCCGCGGCGGCUGCUGGCGCGCGCGCGGGACGCGUACGUGGGCGGCAUGCUGGCCGUGGCCCGGAAGGCGUCGGCCACGGCGCUGCCCGGCGGCGGGCCCGAGGGGAUCUGGGCCAGGCGCGUGCCGCGGCGGAAGCAGCUGCCCUCGGCGACGGCGGCGCGGACGUCCGAGUUCGAGCAGCGGCUGGUCAUGGAGAUCUACAAGUCCAUCGUCGCGUCCAAGGAGCUCACCACCAUGCUCCACUCCUCCACCGCGCACCUGCAGCCGCCGCCCGCGCGCGCCUAGCUGCCUAGGCUGUUGCAACCGGCAUCCGGACGGAAGCUGGGAUUUUUAAUCUUGCAGCUGUCAAUCAGCACAGCUGCAUGUAUGUGCGUCAUGUUGAUCGAUCGAUCGGAAGAGAGGUUUUUCAA